GUAUGACAAGUUCCACAUGGAGCGUAGGAACAUGGUAUUAGUCACCUGAAGACUACUCAUUCAGUCACAUCACAUACCAUAGUCAAAACAAGAAGUGGAUUUAACCAAAUGUCCAGGAGGAUACCAUCAGACUUAGAGAGGCAUAAAAUUAUGAAAGUGUUCCCCACAACAGUUACUAUGGAUUUACCAGAUCGCUUACGUGACUUUGACUUUCCAAACAUUGAAGACAAGGAUACCCUCAAGGAUCUCUUUACUCUAGAUGCAGCACUGAGAGUAGAUAUUGGGCAAGAUUGCAGCGGACAAGAAAAUAAGUUAAAAGAAGAGCCGGAUGCUGACUUAUUGGCCAACCCUGAAGAUGGCCCACCUGAUGACAAAAAGGCUUUCUUUGGACACCCCUUAACGGCUGCUACAUCAGCCAUCAACGGUGAUGACACACAGGCUCUGAGAGCGGCACUUCAACAUGAAUACAUGAACUUUUCAACUAAUUAUGGCGAUGAUAUAAAGGAGAAGCUGUUUUCUUUAUGCGAUGCCAACAGAGACGGCAAAGGUUUCAGGACCAGGGACCUUUUUCCUAUGGAAGUAGUUGAUAUGAUACUUGAGAACAAUGAAAAUGGAAACUACUGUGUUGAUACUAGUGAAUUAUUUCGACAAGACACCGAGAAAUUCUUCCCAGCUGGUAAUCAAGAAGAACUAAACGGCAACUUACGAUUGUCAGUGAGUACUGUUUGUAUUCCAAAUCCAUCUUGUGACACAUUUCAAACGAUUAGCGGUUCGAGUGGAACCGGUCAACUUUGUAAUUCUUCAACAGUUUACAACGUUGCCAAUACGAUCUCGAAUAACCUCAAAGACAACUGCAACAAUAUCCAAAGCAGUAGAGACUCUGUGUGUGUGGCAGUGAGCUCAGCGCCUAAUCUGAGGUCGUCUCUUGGAACGAGAAUAAGAGCGCCCAUUCAGAAAGUCAGUGAACAAGUGCUUAUUAAUCCGCUUCCGCCUGUCAGCAGACAAGUGCCAGUCGCUACAAACCGUCACAGUCAGGCAUCUGGCUUGUGCCCCAAUAUUGGCCUGGCACUGAGGUCAGCUGCAAACCCCACAUCAGCAGCAGCAAUAGCAGCAACAACAUCAGUUGCUGUAACAGAUGUCCAAGGAAUCACUGGAAACGAAACUCUCAUUAGACAGAUUCCUGCAGACGCAAAUACCAUUGGAAAUGAUCAGAUCUGCAACAGUCAAGUAGAAAAUAUAAGGAGUUCUCUUGGGACAACUCAGAAUCCAACAGCAGUUCAGAAUCCGGACCUUGGUCAUACGUUACCUGUAGGCUUUCCAAAAUUCUAUGCAAUCGCUGGUCAUCUGAGUAGCCCUGCAGAAAAUGUUCGCGUUCCUCUAGAGAAAACAGUCAACGGCGGGGUUAAUAGUGGCUCUGCUGUCGCUGUUGACAGACAACAGCAACAGCAGCAGCAGCAGCAACAGCAACCAGAGGCGGAAAAUGUGUUGCCAUUCAAUCCCGGUAAGACACGCCCCACUGAUCUGGUCGCUAACAGUAGCAACAACAGCAACAUCACCAGCAACAAUAACACUAUCGUCAAUAGUAGCAGUAGCAGUAGCAGUCACAGCAUUAAUAAUAAUAACAGCAGCAGCAGCAGCAACUGUAACAACACCCAGAGCGAGAAUACUAUCUGCGCCAGGCAGGAAAUUUUGGUGGGGAGACAAAACCAUGCUUACGAGGAUAGAACGGCCGGUGGGCUAGACGUGGAGAAGUCAGUAGCUGCACUGUCGAUUCCUUUACACGAAUCAAGCAGCCUUUUAUACGAGGCCGACCCCACGAACAGCGACAAUAACAACAGCCAAGUACAAUUAGACCGACAGCAAAGUUUGAUACUUCAACAACAAAUCAAUCAUCACCAUCAACAUCAUAAUCCUCACCAUCAGCAGCAGCAGCAGCAACAAUUAGACAGUAAUAUACUAGAUUCGUUACAUUUGGAAUCUGUUAACACGACUACAUCGCCGCCGCCGCCGCCGUUAUCGGAAACAGCUACCCGGGGACUAGGAGCUAUUAGCGCCAGCAAUGGCAGUUGUCCUGAUGUUACGGUGGGUGUGAACCAUGACACUAGUGCCGAAAGAACGAAAACAAUCACUACGAUUACUACUACUACCGACUCUACCACUAUCCCCACCACCACCACCACCACCACUAACAACGACAACAACAAAAACGACAACAAUAAUAACAUAGAAGUUUUGCUUCCGACCGCUGAUAUAGCGAGCGAGUCGCGACUGUCCAAAAUCCGUGACUCCCUCUCACAAACGGCUUGCCCGUCGUUGUUGGACGAUACGAUUGCCGUGUCCAGUUCACCUAGUGCCAACAAAGAAUUAAUAGAAGCUCUUUCCGCUAAAAUCCGUCAACGAAUGAACGACAAUAUUAAUACUUCGCCUCUCUCUUCUUCUCCUCCUUCUUCAUCUACUUCGUCUUCUUCUACUACUACUACUACUACUACCACCACUACAACUACUACUACUACCGCUACCACUACAACUACUUCUUCUUCGCCUUCUCCUCCUCCUCCUCCUCCUUCUAUUACUACUACAACAUCUUCCACUAUUGCUGCCUCGACCUCUCCGUCUUCUCCUCUUCCUCCUCCGUCUGUCUCUUCUUCCAUUCCCUCAACUUCUGUCUCUACGUCGUCUGCCUGCCCGCUUUCUUCUUCUUCUUCUUCUUCUCCCGCCUCCACCCCCGCCUUGAAUUCUAUUCCUUCUUCGACUUGUUCUACAACAUUAACAUCGACUUCUCGAAAUCCCUGUUCACCGAAUUCGACUGGUGUGGCCGCUGCAAUCGGAAAUAGUAACAACAACAUUAGCCUUAACAUCAACAACAUCAGCGGCGGCAACAAUAACAACAACAGAAUCAUCGCCCCGAUCGUCAGCGUCUCCAUAGACGACAGUCACAGCAGUAAUACUAAUAACCCUAAUAACAAUAAUAACAACAAUCAUAAUAACGACAGCUACAACAACCACAACCUUCACCACCGAAACAACAAGAACAACAACGAGGAAGAGAGGGUCGCAGGUGAAAGCAACAAUUGUGAGAAUUUGUUCUCAGCAGUUAUUGCGGCCGCAUCGCCGGUGAACCCUCUGGAACCAUCUCAUCACUUCCAAGUGCAUAACGGCUCCAUUUCUGUUCACUCCGAUUCCCAUCCCAACAUGGUGAUGGUCGACGGAUCUUUACACCAGCAUGGCGUCGACGACACCCAACACCAUAACCAACACCAUCACCAACAACAACAACAUCAACAGCAACAACAUCAACAGCAACAACAACAACAACAACAACAGCAGCAGCAGCAGCAGCAGCAGCAGCAACAACAGCAGCAGCAGCAGGUCAGUCAGUUGUACAAUUUGGAUAGUCUUGACCACACUGGCAGACUCCAUUAUGUGAAACAGGAAAGUUUUCUGGAUGAGUUCGGUGGCGGCGGUAGUAGCAGCAGUAGCUGCGCCGACCUCGCGGCGGCAUUCGAUCCCCACCGCUUGAACUCGCUGCCACCGGUCAGCUCAACAGCACUGAUGACCACCGCAUCGACUCCACCCGGAAGUGUAGACACAGGUGGUGGCGGGAAUGAUGGAGGUGGAGGCGGUGGUGGAGUAGGUGGAAACGUCAACGGAAAUGCGACUGCUGUCAACGGUGGUUUGAUCACCAACUCACAGGGUCAAUGCUUACAAGUACUGCAGCCAGUGCAAGUGCAGCAACAACAACAGCAUCACGCUGCAGCUACUCACGGUCUCCAAUUGCAACAACAACAACAACAACAACGCGCAACCGGACUAAACAAUAGUUACCAAGGCAAUGAUACUUACUUUAAUAACUUUUUCGGUCGUGGCACACUGGAUGGUAGCGGUCAAGGGUCACCGUACGACAACAGGGACAUCAUGAAUCGCCUAUUGAUGCAACCGGCACAUUACUUCAGCGACCAGACAGUGUAUUCACAGACUAUCUAUGGCAACAGCCUCCAGUCUCCAGACAGUGGAUACCAUGAAUGUAUGUCACCAACCGAUGUAAACACCAAUACGAUACGAUGUCUCAACUCUAUUGUUGCCAAAACACCCCUAUCUCAUCAGGCAUUCAAAGAAGCCCAAUCAGCGUUGGCCCCUGCCUAUGGAGGUGCUACAACAGGAGCGGCUGGGGCUGAGAUUAUUUCAGAGCAAAAACCCAAAUACCUUAAGAGACGCCGAUCACAAAGUACCGUGAACAUAAAAGGACAAAUCGCUGGGACUGAAAAAUUACAUGGAUCAAGUGUCGUUAUACCAAAAUUGUAAGUAGAUUUUUGAGAA